AUGACGUUCAUCGCUAAGACCUUCUAUGAUCUGAAGGCCACGACGCUGGAGGGGGAUUCAGUAGAUUUCAAUGUGUUUCGAGGGCGGGUGGUCCUCAUUGAGAAUGUGGCAUCGCUCUGAGGGACAACCACCCGGGACUACAGCCAGCUCAACUUGCUCCAGAGCAAGUACCCUCACCGGCUAGUGGUCCUGGGCUUCCCCUGCAAUCAGUUUGGCUACCAGGUCAGUAUGUGACAUCUUGGCCUUUGGUUAUGUGGUUCAGUGAAAUCAAUAAAAACAAGCUACUCUAGUAAAAUAUUCUGUUAAUUACAAGUAUCAGGUGAUUUGUUUAAUGAUUGUCAGAUGAGAAUGUUGCAUGUUUUACAGGAGAACUGUUCAAAUGGGGAGAUCCUGAACUCAUUGAAGUAUGUGCGUCCUGGAGAUGGCUACCAGCCUGGCUUCACUGUCUUUGAGAAGUGUGACGUGAAUGGAACCAACACCCACCCUGUCUUUGCCUAUUUGAAAGACAAACUUCCCUAUCCUGAUGAUGAUCCACACACCCUCAUCCAGGAUCCUAAGUUCCUCAUCUGGAGUCCCAUCAGCAGGACAGACAUCUCUUGGAAUUUUGAGAAAUUCCUGGUUGGGCCAGAGGGAGAGCCCUUUAAACGGUAUAGCAAAAAAUUUGAGACCAUCAACAUCGAGCCUGACAUACAAAGACUGUUGAGACUAACCAAGACCUGA